AUAUUCUAUCUUGGUAUUAUCUGUUUUUAAAAUUUUCACUGAUAAAGUUUUAAUGACAAUUAAUUUUUUUAACAAUCAUUUUAAUCAAAUCGGGUUGAUCAAUAGUGUCAAGUGGUUGGAUCUGAGUGAAAAGUGAAAACUACUAAGAGUGGAAGUCUAAGUCAUCGGCAACAACGUGGAAAGGAUUUGAUAGCUUUACAAGUUGACAAGAACGAAUAGUCGAGUUGAGCUAGAAUGGAAGUUUUUGGUUUGAAGGGUCUAACAUUAUUCCUCAGCUAUGCUAUCAUGGCGGCGGUAUUGGGAAUGUUCCAGUUCGGAUACAAUACGGGGGUAAUCAACGCACCCCAGGGUAACAUCGAGAACUUUUUCAAAGGUCUUUACAAGGAGAGAUAUGGGCAGGAUUUGACUAGCGACAAGGCGGAAAUGCUCUAUUCGAUCGCUGUAUCAAUCUUCGCCAUUGGGGGAAUGUUGGGUGGCUUCGGGGGCGGCAUGGUGGCUAAUAAAUUCGGAAGGAAAGGCGGCUUGCUGCUCAACAACGUCUUGGGUGUCGCUGGAGCGUGCUUAAUGUGGUCUACGAAAGUUGCGAAAUCCUACGAAAUCUUGUUCGUCGGAAGAUUUAUUAUAGGGGUCAAUUGCGGACUGAAUACAUCUUUAGUACCAAUGUAUAUAUCGGAAAUAUCGCCUUUAAAUCUCCGAGGUGGUCUCGGUACCGUCAACCAGCUCGCAGCCACCAUCGGUCUUCUUCUAUCACAAGUUUUGGGAAUAGAACAAAUAUUAGGUACCAACGAAGGAUGGCCUCUUCUCCUCGGUCUUGCGGUGGUACCGGCCGUGUUACAACUGGUCCUGCUACCUGUAUGUCCCGAAAGUCCUCGAUACCUCCUCAUAACGAAACAAUGGGAAGAAGAGGCGCGUAAGGCUUUGAGGAGGCUGCGCGCCAGCAACGCAGUAGAGGAGGACAUAGAGGAAAUGAGAGCGGAAGAAAGGGCUCAGCAAUCGGAAGCUUCCAUAGGUAUGAUGGAGUUGAUAUGUUCACCCACAUUAAGGAUGCCGCUCAUCAUCGGUGUAGUUAUGCAGUUAAGUCAACAGUUUUCCGGUAUCAACGCGGUAUUCUACUAUUCAACGAGCCUAUUCGUGAGUUCCGGUCUACCAGAGGACAGUGCCAAGUUUGCGACAAUCGGUAUCGGUUGCAUUAUGGUCGUCAUGACAUUAAUUUCUAUCCCUCUUAUGGAUAGGAUGGGAAGACGAACGUUACACCUUUACGGACUAGGAGGAAUGUUCAUCUUUUCGAUAUUUAUCACCAUUUCGUUUUUGAUAAAGGAGAUGAUCGAUUGGAUGUCGUACCUGUCUGUGGUUUCAAUACUCUUCUUCGUCAAAUUUUUCGCCGUGGGACCCGGAAGCAUACCCUGGAUGAUCACUGCCGAACUAUUCUCUCAAGGGCCUAGACCUGCCGCCAUGUCAAUUGCUGUGCUUGUUAACUGGACGUCAAACUUCAUGGUGGGUCUCGGAUUUCCUUCGUUGAGGAACGCUCUAGAUAACUACACCUUCCUGCCGUUCAGCGUCUUCCUAGCCAUUUUCUGGAUAUUUACAUAUAAGAAAGUACCAGAAACGAAAAAUAAAACGUUUGAAGAAAUAGCCGCCUUAUUUAGGCAAGGAAAUGGAAGAGUUAGUUUUCGAGACAGCCGACUGUACGGUGCUACACAAGAACCUCCACCAAUAAAAGAUGAUACAGGAAAGCUGUAAUACUCAAAAGAAAAUUAUUUUAGGAUAUAAUUCCGCUACAAUUUUUACAUAGUUUAUAUUUUUGAUACGUAUGUAGAAACAUAUAUACUUAUAAGUACGCAACCAGUCAAAUAAUAUAUAAUUGUAAUUUCAAUUAAAUCCUAUUGUAUAUAAAUAAAUAAACACACA